GUGCACGUUUAUUUACGUUAACUCGGGUGGAAAACUUAAAAUGCGUCGCUGCAACAAAUCUUAGGCACUGCGUUUGCCUAAAACCGUGUAAGCGCAGCUUGCUUUACAGUCCCGAGUCCAAAGUUGCCGGCAACAUACGCUUCUCUCUCGUUGUCAUGGCGAGGCCGCGUAAAGUGCGCACUCCCGAGGAACAGCGCACCUACGUAGAGCGACGGCGACAGCAAAGACGAGAAUCUGAUCGGCGGCGGCGGGCGGCGAACACCACCGGCGAAGAGCGUGCAAAAAACACCGAGCGCAUGCGGCAAGUCAGGCAAGACGCCCAACGUCGCGAGGCGGAGAAUGCAUCACAAAGACGUAGGUACCACGCGGCUACAUUGCACAACUUCAAAGGAGCGUACGCUGAAUUCAAAAGAUACUUUCUGGACCGACAAUAUCGGUGUAGUUGUAGAGUGUGCGGUCGGCUGCGGUCCGAGAGCGACUUGACCACGAUCGGCAACGUUCGCGAUCCCGCAAAGCGGACCCGUGCUCUCCAGGUGUUGGCGGACACCUUUCCAGACGCCGGGGACAUGGCAAAUUUCCGGGUGUGCGGCACCUGUAAAGGAUCCCUGCUCAAAGGUGCCGCGCCCCGAUUCCCAACUACGAACGGUUCUCUUAUAGCGCACAUCCUUUGGAACAGCAAUGCAGAUCCUGUUGUGCCAAGAACCGCACGAUGUGUUGUGCCAGUCUGUCACUCGCGGUCAGCACCCAGCUAUCUCCUGUACCCCUUGCCUGCUGAACCGUCCCAGCGCCAGGCUUGGAUUGACUUUGUGCGUGGGUGCCCUUUUGGUGGUGUCUGUGACUGGAACCCACCGACCAACGAGAUCAGCUUAGUGUGCUCACUGCACUUCACAGUUCGCUGCUUCCGGUUCCAGCGACCACGUGGCUGCAGUGUGGGAUACAGGAAAUGUCUAAGAAAGGGCGCAGUGCCAACACUGUACCCAAUUGAAGAGCAGGGUAGUUCGAUGGCCAAUAAGAAUUCCCCUGGCAACACUGCAGAAACUUUGGCUUCCUCUGACGUCGAAGAUCCAGAAGGGAAGACACGCAAUUCAUUGGCUUCCAGCCUGUCAGUUGCAGGACAAGAUAGAGGACACUGUGCUAGUGACCAGGACGCAGUGCGGAGGGUGGCGUGUCUUGCAGCAUUCGAGCUCAUCUUCCCCAAGGACGUCUCCACCCAGUGUAGCGUGGAAAUGGCCUCAAAGGCUGCCAGCUGUGUUGCCAGAACUGCGUCCAAGUCAGUGCAGUGCACUGUGUGAAUAGUGUUCCUCUUCAGAGAUACUUUAAAUGAAGAGAAGAUCUUAGCUGUGUGUGUGCGCGCCAUGCCUGUUCCUCUGACCUAAGUGACUGUGCAGUUUUGCUGCUGAGAGAAGCAAGGUUGCAGGUUUGAUUUCUGGCCGUGACCACUGCAGUCUACUGGGGAGCACAAAGCAAGAAUGCUGUUUCAUCAUGUUGUCUUCGCAGGCAAUAAACCAAGUGAUUGAAUGUUU